AUGGCUCGUCCUACGAAAGCUGGCUCGCCGACGCCUUCGAAGGUCGGUCGAAGCCCCUCGUCUCAGUCAAUCAAGAAAUCCAAUGAUUACACGUCCGAGGGCGUUGAGGACAACGAUGUGUUCCUCUUGCCAGGAUCCGACUACCAGGUCAUGAUUGCCGUCACAUUUUUGGCUGCUGUUGUGAGAUUAUUCAGAAUAUACCAGCCAAGCAGUGUGGUAUUUGAUGAAGUACACUUUGGAGGAUUCGCAUCCAAAUACAUUAAGGGCAAAUUCUUUAUGGAUGUGCACCCACCGCUCGCAAAACUGCUUCUCACACUCGCUGGAUGGCUUGCUGGAUUCAAUGGAGAUUUCGACUUCAAGGACAUUGGAAAGGAUUAUGUUGAACCUGGUGUGCCAUACGUGGCCAUGAGGAUGCUGCCAGCCCUGUGCGGUAUCUUCUUGGUCCCAACAAUGUUCUUGACUUUGAAGGCUGUCGGAUGUAGAACUUGGACUGCUGCGAUGGGUGCUCUCUUAAUUGUGUUCGAGAACGGUCUCCUCACCCAAGCACGAUUGAUCCUCCUCGACUCCCCCCUUAUGAUUUUCACUGCUUUCACUGGAUUGGCAUUCACGUCUUUCACGAAUCAACAUGAACUAGGUCCUACCAAGGCUUUCCAGCCAACAUGGUGGUUCUGGUUGGUCAUGACGGGUCUUGGACUAGGCGCAACAGCCAGUGUGAAGUGGGUUGGUUUCCUCACAAUCGCAUGGGUUGGGGUUUUGACAAUUCUGCAACUUUGGAUUCUUCUCGGAGACGUGAAGACGGUUACCCCUCGCAUCUUCGCCAAGCAUGUGGUAUCGAGAGUCUUCUGUCUCAUCGUCAUCCCAGUAACAUUCUACAUGGCUAUGUUCGGAAUUCACUUUCUCUGCUUGGUAAACCCAGGUGAUGGAGAUGGAUUCAUGAGCUCUGAGUUCCAAGCCACGCUCAACUCCAAAGCUAUGCAAGAUGUCCCAGUCGAUGUUGCACUUGGUAGCCGAGUUAGCAUCAGACACCACAACACUCAAGGAGGAUACUUGCACUCGCACAACCUUAUGUACCCCACAGGAAGCAAGCAACAGCAGAUCACUCUCUACCCCCACAAGGAUGAGAACAAUGUGUGGCUCCUUGAGAACAUGACCCAACCUCUUGACAUCAAUGGCGAGCCGAUCAACGGAUCUCUCGCUUGGGACGCUCUCACCCCUCCUACCUUUGUCAAGGAUGGAGAUACCAUCAAGCUUUUCCACUUGACCACAAGUAGACGCCUCCAUUCUCACGAUGUUCGACCCCCUGUUACCGAGGCUGACUGGCAGAAUGAGGUCUCCGCCUAUGGCUAUGAAGGAUUUGAGGGCGAUGCCAAUGACUACUUCAGAGUUGAGAUCAUCAAGAAAAUGUCGGAUGGCGAAGAAGCCAAACAGCGUCUCCGAACGAUCCAGACCAAGUUCAAGCUUGUUCAUGUUAUGACUGGAUGUGUACUUUUUUCACACAAGGUCAAGCUUCCUGAAUGGGCCUCUGAACAGCAAGAGGUUACUUGCGCCAAGGGGGGAACUCUUCCAAAUAGUGUCUGGUAUGUGGAGCAAAACGAGCACCCACUCCUAGGAGCCGAUGCGGAGAAGGUCAACUACAGGAACCCUGGCUUCUUUGGCAAGUUCUGGGAGUUGCAGAAGGUCAUGUAUCACACCAAUGCCGGACUUGUCGAAUCUCACGCAUGGGACUCUCGCCCCGAUUCUUGGCCAAUACUCAAGCGUGGUAUUAACUUCUGGGGCAAGGACCAUCGACAAAUUUAUCUCAUCGGCAACCCAGUUGUUUGGUGGACCUCGACUUUGGCAGUCGUCAUUUAUGUCAUCUUCAAGGGCUUAGCCGUCCUCCGAUGGCAACGAGGAUUCAAGGAUUAUAACAACGUUAUUUUCAAACGCUUCGACUAUGAAGUUGGUACAAUGGUUCUGGCAUGGGCUUUCCACUACUUCCCAUUUUACCUUCUUCAGCGUCAAUUAUUCCUCCACCACUACUUCCCAGCACUCUACUUUGCUGUUAUUGCUCUUUGCCAGAUCUACGACCAUGUCACGGCUCGUAUCCCUGGCAUUGGGCUCCGUGAAAACCCAUUGGUCGGACGCCUUGGUAUUGUCGUCUUCCUCACCCUGACCAUCAUAACUUUUGGACUUUACUCCCCUCUUGCAUAUGGCAAUCCCUGGACCCAGUCAGCUUGCAAACAGGUCAAGCUUUUCGACUCCUGGGACUGGGACUGCAAUACUUUCUUCACAGAUUAUUCUGAAUACUCUGGUGUACCUGCGAAUGUCAACGCGGAAGUCCACAAGACAGACUCGCCUCUGAUCCCCACCAACGCCCCUGUUGCACCUCCACCAGUUGCAGGCGAACAAAAGCCGAUCGUGGAAGAGCGAGUUGGCAUUUCUGAAGCCCCUGAAGAACCCAAGGUCUCCCCUCCUCCUCUCCAGGCUGGCCAGAGUAUUCUCUCUCGCGAGGAGAAGGUAGAGUACAGAGACCAAGACGGCAACUUAUUGGACCCUGAACAAGUCAAGGCUCUUGAAGGCAAAGUCAGCUUCAAGACCCGGUACGAGACCCGCACUCGCUUGGUUGACGCUCAAGGCAACGAGAUUCCUCAGCCUGAAGAUGCGAACCCAGUCGCCCCACCUCAUCCUGACGCUGAAGGUCCUGACUCGUCAACUGUUGGAAAGGCAGAGCCAAAAUUCCAAGAGAAGCCGGCUGCUCAACCUGAAGUCAAGGCAGAUGAGAGCAAGGAGGAGAGUAUUGCAAAGGCCGAGACAGGUGCGGCGAAGCCUGCGAGUGAAGGCAACGAGGCAACUGCCGCAUAA